AUGAGUCCCUUGCGAGACUACGAACAAGCUGCGACUAGCCCGCCCACCGUCGGAGACACUUUUCUCUCGGCAGGUCAGGAGAGAUGGGAGAUGACCCGUACAGAGGCCAUCAGCGCGACAAAGCAAGCCCAGCACACUCUUGCUGCACUGAACGAGUCAGUAGAGAAUAGAAAAUAUGCUCUACCGCGUGCAGAAGGUUUCAUCGAAGCGCCACUAGAUCGCCUCUUCGUUUCCACGCCUACGACCGCAUUCACCAUCCCCGCCUUCGACGCAAGCCCAACUUCGAGCAGUCAAGGGAUACAUAAGCCCUUGCUAAGGGAGCCCGAGGAGAUUCUGGGCAUCAAGUGGCAAAUAACGCAAGGUCAGCUCGAGCGGUUGCGACGCCUUGCCAGACCCAUUCGUGCACAAACGCUCGAAGAAGCGAACGGGCAACCACUAUCGGACGCUGAUGAGUAUGAGUUGGCUUCGCUUUUCGAGCGCCGAAGUGAACGGUCUUUGCUCACGCUGGAGAGCAAGGCGCGCAUGAAGUUGACAGACAUCAGCGGGUUAUCAUCCUCGCCCCUCGCAACUUCGCCGGCGACAGCAAUGGGCAAGGAAGAUAUGGAAGAUCUAGUGAGGACGCUACACGAGGAUCUAGGUGUUGCAACAUGA